AUGUCUUCCCCCCCGACAUCUAAACGCCUCAAGACGUCAACAACCAGCGCCCCCCCGCAUAUGCUUUCGCAACAACAGAUCCAUCCAUUCCACCGCGUCCCAACCUUUGAAGGCAUCCCGAUUCCGACUGCUUCUCUAUCCCAACAAAACCCCGGCGCUUCGCGCAAACGUCCUCCUUCUCCCACGGGAUCGUCAGCCAUGAUGACAGGCCAAGGGAACCCUUCGGGUGGUGUGAUUGAUGACUCCGGUGCCAUUCCCACGGUUGAGUCUACGCCUAAGAAGAAGGGACGCACCAAUACCCCAUGGACCGCAGAGGAGGAGCAAAGGCUGAAGACAAUGCGCGACGCCGGGCGCAGUUGGAGUGAAAUUGCCAAGACUUUCCCGACCCGAACCGAGGGCAGUGUCAAGAAGCAUUGGUAUAAGGACAUGCACUACGCGGAAUUUGCCGAAGAUGAGUCUGUGAAGCUUCGGGAGGCGAUCAAGGAGUACGAGGCGAACAAGUGGAAGGUGAUCGGCCAGAAAGUGGGCAAGCCUGCCAAAGCUUGCGAACAGUAUGCCAAAGAGCAUUUCAAGAACGUCUGA